AUGGGGCCAAGGGACACGCCAUCAGGGCUGCUGUGCUAUGUGGUCCCAGGAGCUCCCACAGCACGGGCAGAGAGGAUCUCACAGUGGCAUGACCAGAGCAGCCGCUACUCGACGGAGCUGCGGGACUUCAAGAACCAGGUGCUGGGGAUGCUUGAGACGGCGGAGAAGGAGCGGGAGGCGAUUCGGGCAGAGGCAGAGAGUGCAGCGGUGCGCCUGGACCGCCUGGAGCGUGAGGUGGACUACCUGGAGACACAGAACCCCGCGCCACCCUGCGUGGAGGUGGACGAGACGCUGAUGGAGAAGCAGGUGGCCACAGCCAAGCAGAGGAAGAAUGAGAAGUACACCAAGCUGACAGACUGCAGCGACACCAUCGCCAGCAUCAGAGCCAUGAAAAUCCAGAAGCGUUUUGGAAGCACCUCUGGGCUCUGGACCAAGGAUGCUGCAGGGAACUCCGAGAAGAUCUAUGUCUUCGACGGCACUUCCAACGACACAGUGUACGUCUUCCCUCGCCUGCGGGAGUUCACCCUCUUCUCUGCCACCCGCAAGGCCGCCCGCAUCAAGCUGCCCUACCCCUGGGUGGGCACUGGGCACCUUGUCUAUGAUGGGCAUCUAUACUACAUCCGCCAGCAGGGGUCCUUCCAGGUGAUCAAGUUCAGCCUUGCCAACAAGACGGUAGUGGACAGCUCGGUGUUCCCAGCUGAGGAGCAGAUCCCUGUCUUCGGGCUCUCCCCCUUCACCUAUAUAGAGGUGGCAGCAGAUGAGGAGGGGCUCUGGGCCAUCUAUGCCACCAAGGAGGAUGAGAAGAACAUUUGCCUGGCCAAGCUGGACCCCACCUCACUGGACAUUGAGCAGAUGUGGGACACGCCGUGCCCACGGGAGAAUGCUGAGGGUGCCUUCGUGGUGUGCGGGGCCCUGCACGUGGUCUACAACACGCGCCUGCCCAGCCGCUCCCGGGUGCAGUGCGUCUUUGACGUCAGCGGCACGUUGGCCCCCGAGGACGCCUCCCUCCUCUACUUCCCCAAGCGCUACGGGUCCCACUCCAGCAUGAAGUACAGCCCCCGGGAGAGGCAGAUCUACGCCUGGGACGAUGGAUACCAGAUCAUCUACCGCAUGGAGAUGAAGAAGAAGCUGGAGGUGUGA